AAAGAAAGAAAGAAAGAAAAAAAAAAAUACUGUUUCCCCUGACCGAGCUUGGAUGUUUUCCUUUCGCUUUGCGGAGUUUUCCCAGCCCAGGCUCCGUUCCCUGGCGUCCUCCGGAGCAGGGCGGGACGGCGGCGGCCGGCGCGGGGCUGGAGCGGGCGGCAGAGCCCGGAGCGGCGGAGCGCGGGGCCCGGAGCGCCGGGAAAGGGCAGCUCAUGUCCCUGCCCAGCCCUGCAUGGCCCCGGCGGGACGAGCCCUCCCCCUGCGGCACCCCCGGGGGCCUCCCCCCGGCCUCGUCCGACAGCGACUCCGGCUGUGCCCUGGAGGAGUACCUGGAGCCCUCCGCGGAGCCCGCACCCCCCGAGGUGCCGCCGCGCUUCGCGCCCCGCUCGCCGCCGCCGGGCUCUGCCUGUGACCGCACGCGGCUCCGCGCCAGAGCGCUCCUGCAGCAGCUGCCUCCCCAGGACUGCGAUGAGCGCUACUGCCCCGGCCUCGCCGAGGAGGAGCGGCGCCAGCUCCGCGCCUUCAGCGCCCGCCGCAGACAGGAGGCUCUGGGACAGGGCCUGGCGUGCCCCGUGCCGGGUCCCUGCCACGGCUGUCCCUGUAGGAAGUGCGGCCGGAGGCUGAACAAAGGCGACCCGGGGAUUUCAGCGUCUCGCCUGGGCGACCAGUUCUGGCACCCGUCCUGCUUCUCCUGCCACUUCUGCCACCAGCAGCUGGUGGAUCUCAUCUACUUCCAGCAGGAUGGGAGGAUCUACUGCGGCCGGCACCACGCCGAGCUCUUCCGACCCCGCUGUGCCUCCUGCGACCAGCUGAUCUUCAUGGAGGAGUGCAUCGAGGCCGAGGGCCGGCGCUGGCACCUGGAGCACUUCUGCUGCCUGGAAUGCGACGAGCCCCUGCGCGGGCAGCGCUACGUGAUGCGCAGCGGCCGGCCCUGCUGCCGGGGCUGCUUCGAGAGCCUCUUUGCCGAGCCGUGCCAGGCGUGCGGGGACCCCAUCGGUGCUGACAGCGAGGAGGUGACGCACCAGGGGCUGCACUGGCACGCCCGAGCCUCCUGCUUCUGCUGCAGCCUGUGCCGGGCACCGCUGCGGGGACAGCCCCUCACCUGCCGCCGCGGCCGCCUCUUCUGCUCCGACACCUGCAGCCGCGGCCAGGACGCCUCUUCCACCGCCUCCGACUCCUCCGACUCGGCUUUCGCCUCCGCUCCGUCCCCCGACUCCACGCCCCUGUCCCGCUCGGCAGCGGGGGGCUGCAGGCAGCGGGGGGAAGGGGCUGAGGCGUUUUCGGAUCAGGCCCCGGUGCACCCCGCGUUCAGGAGCCCCGAGGAUCUCGGAGCAGCCGCACGGGAGCGGAGCAGCGACGCUACCAAGGAGCACCCGGCGAUGCUGGGCCCCCCAGGCAGCCACCCCUCGGCCCCCCAGCCCAGCCCAGAGCAGCCCAACGAGCCCAGACCCUUGGGCCACCCGCUUUUGGGGGGUCCUGAACCCCGAACAGCUGCAGGCAGUGGAACCCCACAGCUCCAAGCGGGCACCUCCCCUCCCCGACACAGCCCCCGGGCAGAGCACGGCACGGAGGAGGAGGAGGAGGACUCCUGGUGUCCCACCUGCUCCUCAUCUUCGGACUCGGACUCGGAGGAGGAGGGUUUCUUUUUCGGGAAGCCCAUCCCCAAGCCCGGGAUGAAUUCCCUGGGCAGGGAGCCCCCGGGGAGGGGCAGGGGCAGGACGGCCAAGCACUGCAGCGUGUCCUAACAGCGGGGACCCGAGUGGCACUGCCACGUCCUGCCACGGCCUCGACGCGUCCCAGGCGCGUCCUGGAGGCGGCCCAAAGCUGCUGGGAGAAGCUGCUGGGCUCCUGGCCCCAGGCGGUGCUGGCAGAGCAGAGCCUGCAAUUCCUGCCAGCCUCUGCCCGAGCAGGAACAGGUAAAGCAGGAAGGGAGCGGGGCCGGCUCCAGCGCCUCCGGGGAGAGCGGCCAGACAAGGGCAGCUGCCUGCAUCCCCCCGCUGGAUCCUCGUGGGAUCCUUCCCUGGGCUCCUCCGUGCCCCACUGCCACCUGCUCUGCAUCCCUGGUGGCACCGUGUCCCCGCUGCCACCACGGGGAGGGGACCGGGCGCAGCUCCGCUGCCGCCGGUGACGAAGCUCCAAUAAAGUCUGGCUGAAAUCUG